CAGUGUGUUUUCACCAUGAGUGGCUGCCCAUUUUUAAGAAAUGACUUUGAGUGUGACUUUAAAAAACUAUCUUUAGAAGGCAAUGAUGAAGACAAAGCACAAACUGGUAUAAAUAAAGCCAGCAAAGGAGGACUUAUCUAUGGGAAUUAUCUGCAUUUGGAAAAAGUUUUGAAUGCCCAGGAGCUUCAAAGUGAAAAAAAUGGAAAUAAAAUCCAUGAUGAACACCUUUUUAUCAUAACUCAUCAAGCUUAUGAACUUUGGUUUAAGCAGAUCCUCUGGGAAUUAGAUUCCGUUUGUGAGAUCUUCCAGAAUGGCCACGUUAAGGAUGAAAGGAACAUGCUUACAAUUGUGACGCGGAUGCACCGAGUGGUGGUGAUCCUUAAGCUAUUGGUAGAGCAGUUUUCUAUUCUGGAAACGAUGACAGCCUUGGACUUCAAUGACUUCAGAGAGCACUUAUCUGCAGCAUCAGGCUUCCAGAGUCUGCAGUUCCGACUAUUAGAAAACAAGAUGGGUGUUCUUCAGAGUUUAAGAGUCCCUUAUAACAGAAGACAUUAUCGCGAUAACUUCAAAGGAGAAGAAAAUGAAAUGCUACUGAAUUCCGAGCAGGCAAAAACACUUUUGCAACUAGUGGAGGCAUGGCUGGAAAGAACACCAGGUUUAGAGCCACAUGGAUUUAACUUCUGGGAAAAGUUGGAAAAAAAUGUUGUUAAAGGCCUGGAAGAAGAAUUCACAAUGAUUCAGGCUAAAAAAGAGUCAGAGGAAAAAGAGGAACAAAUGGCUGAACAUAAGAAACAAAAAGAGGUGUUACUCUUGUUAUUUGAUGAGAAGCGUCAUGAACAUCUCCUUAGUACAGGUGAAAGACGACUCUCAUACAGAGCACUUCAGGGGGCCUUGAUGAUCUAUUUUUACAGGGAAGAACCUAGAUUCCAGGUCCCUUUCCAGUUACUGACCUCUCUUAUGGACAUAGACUCACUCAUGACCAAAUGGAGAUAUAACCACGUGUGCCUGGUGCACAGAAUGCUGGGCAGCAAAACCGGCACCGGUGGGUCCUCAGGCUACCAGUACCUGCGUUCAACAGUAAGUGACAGAUACAAGGUAUUUGUAGAUUUAUUUAAUCUUUCAACAUAUCUGAUACCCCGACCCUGGAUACCGAAGAUGAACCCAAUUACUCGCAAAUUCCUUUACACGUCUGAAUAUUGUGACAGCUCUUACUUCAGCAGUGAAGAAUCAGAUUAAAAUUACCUGCAAAUUCUAUGAAGAACAUUGAUUUCUGUGGACUUUUUCCUAUGAAUUUUCAUGAAUACACAGACUUCUAAGUUAAUAUAUGUAUAUACAGGCACUGUGGUGCUCCGAUUCAAUCCUGGAAGUAAUUUUACUUCAUUUAUUGUGAUAAGACUAAGAAUUUUUGUUAUGAAAGAAGACAUUAGGAAAUUAAUUCAGUUACAUUGUAACAUUGUACAUAGCGUAUUUUCCUAUUAAAAAUUUAAUGUCCCCUGAUUACUUACUUUAAUGUAACCAUUUAACCUAAUCAUGAUCUCAUUGUUCCAUAUUUAUAAGCUUGUAAACUUCAGCUAUUUAAAAUAUUCAAUGCAAUACAUUCUUCACGAACAUUAAAUCAAAAUGAUUUUAAGUAAUAAAAAUUAUUCUUUCUGUAAUAUGUUGUUUUGAAAACAUUGCUUGAAUUUGCUAGGACUCUUGGUGAUCAAUGACAGAAAUCUAUGUGACGCUUGCCCAAAGGGGUUUUAUCGGACAAUUACUCCAAUAGCUUAAAACACUGAGAGGAGCCUGGGGAGCUCUAAGGCCACAGGGAUGGGUCCAGUUCCUAGAGUACUUUAUUCCUGGAACACUUUCAGGAUCUGCUGUGUCUCAUCUCUUCUCUGUGGGUGUUGGCUCUGCUCUUCCCUGAUGUAGGCCCACUUUGAGAUCUUUGAGAUAUCACACCCAAGAACAUCUUGAUGGUUUUCAUUAGGAAGCCUAAUUGUUAUGUGAAGAUUUCACUGCUUUUGGUUUAGCCUCAUCGGGUGAACUUCAAGUAGUUUGUGGGGCGAGCUUAUGCCUAUGUGGAACAGCACAGACUAAGCUAGAAGAUAGAACAGGGCUUCGGCGUGAGAGCUUAUUUAAAAGAGUUAGUGUGUUAUUUUUUAGGCAUCGGGAAGUCCUCGGUUUAAAACAGGGGAAUAACAUGGUAACAUUGUCUUUAAAAAAUGUAAAUCCAGGGGACACACAGUACAUGGAUUAUAAUGAGAACCAUCAGAAUCACCUGGAGGGCUUAUUAAAUCAGUGUUUCACAAAUCCUCGGGUGUUUUCUAGUCCGGAAACUAUACUUUGAGAACCACUGGAUUCUGGAACACAGGUUUAUUGGGUAGACUAUAAAAUAGUGGAGAUAAGAUACUAAAGAACAUGCAUCUGGAAAGGAACAGCAGAAAUAGAGAGGAGGCAGGUGACUAGGUGAUCGGUUACUAAGAUAAAACUGACCUAAUUAAAAUCUCAGAAGAUUUCCCUCAAUUUUACUCUUUGGGUUGAUGCGGUUAACCAAAAUAGAGACUCUAGGAGGUGCAGGAGUUUUUUUUGUUUUUUGUUUGUUUGUUUGUUUUUUGGAGAUAUUGAGAUUACGGUGUUUAUGGAGAAAACCAAAAAAUAAGUAUAUGGAUAUGGAAAUGAGUAAACUCUUGUGUGAAUGUAAACACUGUGAGCACAUUAACACUGUGUUCACAAAAUGUAAGCCAUCCACUUCUGGACACAGUCCUCUUAACCCAAAGUCAAAUAUAGGUUGUUUCAUUAUAAAUGUCAUCAAAAUUCUGAGAAGCUGAGAGGUAUUAAUCAUUUUGUAAUUUAAAAUUUAUUUUAGCAUUUGAAAAAGAAUAUCAGAAAAACAUUUAUAUUACAUAGACGUCAGUAAAUGAACACAAACAGUUCCAUUUGGGCAUACUUAGAUAACUAGAAUAUUAAUCAAUUAAACUAUCAAUGUUUGUCUUCUUAGAACACUUCUAAACCUGAGUCAACUCAUAAUCCUUUGAUAUUGGUUCUGGUUGGUGUAAGAAAAAUAAAUACAGUGUUUUGUUUUUUAUUUUCUUUUUCUAAUAAAGGGGAUGGAAAAACAAAGGUCAAAAGG